AUGAGCUUGGACUCGCUGUUACCCAUCGCUCCCGCGAGGGUGAGGGCAUUGAUUCUACCCGUAGGCCAGAUCAGAAGUGACCGAUUCUCGUCCUUCGUCGAGCGCCUGCGGCCUGAACAUGUCGUCUCCUUGCGGGAUGUCACCCCCGAUGGGCGGCCGCAUAGAAGCAAGUGCCACUCACUUUAG